CAAUUUUUGGACCACAAUGGAAACAAGUGAUUCUCACUUUCUUGUGUUAUCUAGAAAGUACUAAAAGUAGUACUAAUAAUGAAUGUACUCGAUGUGUAUGUACAUGCAAUAUUACUGCUAAAUAAAAUCAAUCAAUGAGGGAAGCACGUGGGCGCGCGUCACGUGACCACCAGCACGUCGGACAGCAGCUCCAUCCUGCUGCCUCUCCUCCACCUCCACCCACCACAACAGAUGGAGCGCAUCUCCGAUCAGCUGAAGCGGGGACAACUGCACAACUGUGAGGAAGGGUUCAGCUCCGAGUUUUUGGACCCGUCGCACCUCCGCAUCUCGGGGAAUGGAGACAGAGAGGACUGUCCUGCUGGUUCCCGGAAGUCUGGAAAAAAUGAGAUGAGGAUGUUUUUUUUAUUUAUGUAUUUAUUUAUCUAUCGGCUCAGGAAUAUCGCUGUUCUUUCCGGUUUGUGGCGCAGAGGUGGUCAGAAACAAAAGUGGUUCAAUAGAAACAUGAAAAUAUACAAGUUUUUUUUUUUUUUUUUUUGGAAGCUGUUUCUGGGGUGCAUGUGUGAAACAAAGCCCUUUCAAUCUAAGCCACAAAAGAACCAGAUUUUUUCAUUAAAUUAAAGAAUAAUAAUAGAAAUCAUAAAUGAUUUAGUUCCUUUAAAACUGCACCUCCGUCAGACUCUGAUUUUCCCAAGGAGGUUAUAUAGAACAUGUUUAUAAUAAUACAAAAAACAUAAUUGUUCUUAUCCAAGUCUUUGGAUUUUCCACAUCAGGCAGAAAACCUUGGACAGCUCCUCUUUGUUUUCUCUUGGACAGCUUCUGGUGGAUACCUGUUUUCUGUCUUCUAGUUUUUUUAUUCUGAACCUCCACAGAAAAUGCCUGCAUGCAUAAAAAAUACUAAUCCUUCCCCAUUGGUCGGACAGCAGUGCACAUGCUAUAACAACAGGAUAUGCAAAGAGCUGUGGGCUGAUCUGACAGCCUAUCAUAUUUCAAGCAUGCUUCUCUACCAAGAUUUGUAUUUUUUUUAACCAAAUGUGCUCUGUCUGCUUGUAUCAAAAGGUUUAAAUGACUGAGAAUAACAGUGGUGAUAAUAAUGAUGACUAUGUGAUAAAGAAGGAGCAAACAGAGCCAAGCUGAGGGUUUCUUUGUCUCCAGCAUGCCUGUGUAAUAAAGCAGCUUGAAGCAUGUUCAAGUAUCGGAUCCAGAUGUUGUUCAAUGAGGUGCUGCUGCUGAUGCGCUCCGAUCCGAGCAGGAGGGCUGACCCGGGCUCCAGCACGCACAUCAGGAUGAGGGGCUUUGCCAUCGGAGGCUGCGGUUGGCCGCAGAUGAGCUGCUCUCAUCAGGCUGGCGGUGAGGACGAGGAGGACGAUCACGGGUCCAAAGCCCGGCCGCGCUCUCUGGCUGUUGAGGAGAAAGAAGGAGCCAAAGCCCAGGAUGGGGCUCUGGACGCAGGUUCCCCACGGAGUCUCUGUGAGAGCGGGACGCGGACGCCGCAGUGCCGGAUCUGCUUCCAGGGGCCAGAGAAGGGGGAGCUGUUGAGCCCCUGUCGCUGUGAUGGCUCUGUCCGCUGCACCCACCAGUCCUGCCUCAUCCGCUGGAUCAGUGAGAGGGGCUCCUGGAGCUGUGAGCUCUGCUACUUCAAGUACCAGGUGUUGGCCAUCAGCACCAAGAACCCUCUGCAG